UCAUCCAACUAUAAGUACUAGUCAUUCGUGGCGAAAAAGACAUCAGUUCUCCUUGGUCGAUCCAUCCCAACACAUCCUUAUCCAUAAUCCCCAACCCUCCCGCACCCCCACAACCUACCCUCCAACAUGUUCAAGAGCAUCGCCAUCGUCUUGAGUGCCUGCGUGGUUGGUUACUUGGCCAUGCCUCAGCAAUCCCCCAAUGACCAAUCCUACCUUUUCGCCGACCAGGCCGAGAGCCUUCUCUACACGCCUCUGUCCUUGUCCUUCUCUUGUGAAGGUCAGCAAUACGGCUACUAUGCUGAUGUGGACAACGGCUGUCAGGUGUUCCACAUUUGCUUGCCCAUCGAGGAUGAUGCCGGCAGUGUGAUUGAGACCGCUCAAUGGUCGUUCAUCUGCGGCAACGGAACCGUGUUUGACCAACAGACCCUGACCUGCAACCACGAACAAGAUGCCUUCCCUUGCAGCGAAGCCGCCUCCCUCUACAACACGGUGGAGUUCGGCAAGAUCCCCGACUACUAAAUGAUUUCCUGAGUGAUUGGAUGUGAAGUGAAGAUCAACAGUCAAACAUGCAAAGUUUUGAGUCGUUCAUUCUUCCAUUUGCCAAUCAAAGACUGAUGUCGGAUUGCUAAUGAAGACCCUACUGCUAUUUAAACCACGCUAUCUUAAUAUGAAAUACAAACAACUCCAUCAAUGUCGAUGUAAUUGAUUAGGAAGAAGAAAAAUAGAAGUUCAAUUUUUUUGGGUUAUUCCUUUUACAGAAACUUGUUUUUUUUCUCCUUCUUUGUCUU